AAAAAGAAUACUAAAAUUAACUUUUUUAAGAAAUAUACUUAACUAUUUGUUUAUCACAAUUAAAAUUAUGAUACGUUGGAAAUUAUUAAAUUAUUAUCAUCAACUAUGGACUUUAAUCAGUUUUUGCUGUUUACUAUCAAGGAUUUGUGCCUUAACUGUGGAUAAUCAACUGGUUUCAGCUAGAAAUGAUUGUUUUGAACGCGUAGCAUUAGAGGCCAUGAUACCGUUCGAGAAGACAUUUAAAACUGAAGACACCAAUUCGUUGCGCAUGUGUAAAGAUAGAUGUUUGCAAGAGGGUGACAAAUGUCAAUCGAUUUCAUUUGGAGUGCAUCGACGUGGAAAUGGCACUUGUCAGCUGUCGAAGGAGAAAUAUAAAUUGGGUUCACGUCCCAAUGGUGUAAUAUUUGAUCCAGAUUUUGAUUUGUAUGCUAGAAAAACAAAUUGUUUUGAUUUAAGCGAUAAUAGUUUGCAAGAUCAAUCAGAUCAUUUGGAACAAACUGAUGGUUAUGGUACAAGUUUGGCGCCUACAACUCCAGUUUUAUUGCCAAGUAGACCCUCUGAGGGUACACCCAUUUUACUGGUAGAACCUAGCCCCUCGGUAAUGACUACUUUGGAAGAGCAGACAACACGCUAUGCCUCACCUACGGCUAGUUAUGAUGAUCCCACCACUAUUUUUACACAAGGACCACCCACCACCUAUGAGCCCAGUACGCAAAAUAUACCCUCCACUCCCGCCUCUAAUGGAGAUCGUUUAUAUUUUUCACAAGAUAUUUAUCCUUUAUAUAAAUAUCCCACCCUUUAUGAACCCAAUUAUCCAGCACCUAAUCAAGAAGUUUAUAUUCCAGGUGGUUAUGCCGCCAAUGCUCCAGAGGUAGAAGAUCGUUAUCGCCCCACUUCGUAUGACAGCAGUGUAAGACCCUCAGCUCCUACAAAUUUCAAUGGUCCUCCUAAACCCAUAUUUGGUUUGGGUUAUGGUAAUGGCUAUAGUUAUGGUCAGCCAGAAUCAUACAAUCCAGCCACCAUGAGACCUCAAGAUUCGGGAUAUUCUUCUAAUUCCCAAAGGCCCACAAAUAUGAAUAGAGAUCCUGCUAGACCCUCUGGGUAUGACAACAAUCAUAGAGAUCCUAAUCGCCUUUCCAGCUAUGAUAAUGACAACAGAGAUAGAGAUCAUUUAAGGCCUUCGGGUUAUGAUGGUACUUCCCCCUCUUCCGUUAAUUAUCCCAGACCAGACAAUGGUCAAAAUGCUGCAUCUUCUUAUGGCAAUAGACCUGUAAAUAAUGAUCCACCACCUCCCUAUGGUCCCCGGCCUAAUAACGAACACAAUUCUCCACCGCCUUAUGGCCCCAGGCCAACUAGCUCUUCACCUCCAUAUGAACCAAGACCGGAAAACUCUCACAGCUCUCCUGCCCCUUACGGACCUCCAAGGCCUUCAUCUCAACGUCCUGGCGAUUAUAUGGAUUUUACUAAUAGACCUGAUGCUCCCGAAGGUACAGCCAGACCUUCUACUUAUGGUCCCAGUGGUGGUAAUACUUUUGAUAAUAACUAUAUGCGCAGAAAUGGUACUGCGGCUACACGUCCAGGUGGAUCGGCUUAUAAUGAUGAUAAACAUAUUAAUACCUAUUUUAAUCCAGAUGAUUAUUUAACGGGCAAUAAGAAACGUCCCGGUUCCUAUGAAGAUAAUGAACGUCCAGAUUAUAAUCGUGGACCCAUGAGAGCUUGCUUUCGGCGAGUGUUGGCUGGUAAACGUGUUGCCCCUCAUUGGGUGCGACGAACCAUAGCAUGUGAACGUGUUGAGGAGUGUAUGCGCGAAUGUGGUCGUGAAAAACGUUUUACCUGUGAAGGUUUCAAUUAUCGUCUAGAUCCUUCGGGUCAUGGUCAAGGUGACUGUGAACUGAUUGAAAUACCUUUAGCCCAAAUUGACUUAUACUCCAGUCCCAAUAGAAGAGACUCAAAUCUAUUAAGACAUCCAGAUUAUGAUUACUAUGAGAGAGAUCGUAAUGCUCCGCCUAGUUGCCGGUAUAGUAUUUGUAAAGAAUGCAGCACUAAAUUGCCACUACCACCGCCACCACCGCCGCCAUCUCAUUACAAUAAACCCAGCCAGGGUUGGAGCGAGAAACCCUAUAGAGAUGAACGUUAUCCUUAUAUAGCUUCACCACCCAGUAGCAGUGGCAGUGGUUAUUAUGGUAGACCUAGCAGUUCUUCAUUAGAGCAUUAUCCCUCGGGUCCUUCCGGGCCACCACCAUCUUCUUCAUAUGAAUCGCAUGGCAGACCUCCCUAUUCGCAUGAACAUCAUAGUAGUUCUCAUGAAUUCUCCUCUCACAGCUCUAGUUAUUAUGAACAUUCUCCUCCUAGUAGUUAUGGCAGUAGUGGUUCAGCUUUGGAACCCAUAGAUCGUUAUGAUGUCUCACAUGGUGAUCGUUACCGGCCCAGUCAUCCUUCACGAUGGGAAAGUAUACCCAGCAGUUCUGGUUAUGAUAGUUCUAAGCAUGAUCGUUAUCGUCCAUCUUAUCGUCCUGGUCCAGAGUAUAUACCCUAUAGUGGUGCGGAUUCUUAUCGUCCGGGACCACCUCCGCCACCCUCACACAACUAUUUGGAUAGAGAUCAUCCACCUUCAACGCCGUAUAAGAAAAAUAGUGGAAAAUUUGUACCCUACUUGAUUGGCACCGACAAUGAAUGGGGUUCUUAUGGUGGUUCUUAUGGCGGCAGUCAUAAUAAACAAACCGCUUACUGGGGCUUAACCGAUAGUCAUUAUAAACCCAAAGAUCCAGUACAUUUUGAUUAUACCAACUUGGGUCCACCGCCCAGAGGAGAACCUCCUCACGAAAGUAAUGCUGUUAUACCCUAUGCCGGUUCUAGUUAUGGUUCCUAUGGAAAAUAUGAUGGUUUUCGUGAUCGUCAUGAUUAUCGUCAUCAAUGGACGCGCAGACCCGGACCAGAUGAAUGUUCGGCCAAAACAUCGGAAGGUUUUCGUCUGCACAAAAAAAUUGUCAAACACAUGUACUCCACUCCCUCGCUAACCGAGUGUGAGCGUUUGUGUUCGGGCCAGGAUGCUUUUAUCUGUCACACCUAUAGCUAUCGUUAUUCAUCGGGUAGUCGUGACAACUGUAUGCUGUGUGAUCGUCCCAUCAAUCGUUUGGAUUAUUAUGUAGACAUAGAACCAGAUCGUGAUUAUGAUAUAUACUCCAUGUCAGAUGAUUUAAAUGUUUGCAGAAAACCUUCACGCAGUGAUGGUCCUGCCAGGGUGGGAGGUAGUACCACAGCUUUGGCAGAUCCCAGAAGUACUCAAUGUUUUUUCCGUGCCAUUGAUGCCACCAGAUUUUAUAAAUCUAUUGUACGAGACUCUUUGACCGUCCGAUCAGUGGGAGAAUGUGAAAUGGAGUGUAUUAAAUCGACUAAAUUUACUUGUAGAGCUUUUGCCUUCCGUUAUGGCCAACAGCGGCAUGCCAGUGUUAUAGACAAUUGCCAGUUGAGUGAUUGGCCUGUCAGAGACAUGGACAAGGAGAGACAUUUGGUAUUGGAUAAUACCUUUGAUAUCUUUGAAAGAGCCAGUUAUGGUCAUGGCUGUGAGAUUCAACCCAUAGUCGAUGAAAAACACAAAAAAUCCGUUUGUUAUUUGGGUUAUGGCUCUCCUGCUAAACUUUUGCCAUUGGCCAUUAAAAAGGUAAUAACCGUGCCCUCCGAAUUGGAAUGUAAGAAAGAGUGUAUACGUCUUAGGGAAACUACAGCUUUUAAAUGUUAUGCCUUUAGUUAUGGUUCCCGCAAAACUACUUUCAAUUGUGAAAUGUCUGAUUGUGAUCAAACCGAGUUGAAAUUAAAUGUACAUUAUACACAUUCCGAUGAUAGAGACUUUUGGCUUUUUGCUUGGAAUCCAUUUGAUUAUACAUGUCGGGAUAAGGUUAAUACUAUAGGUGGUUCAAGGGUUAAUAAUAAUCGUCGCAUGGAUAUAUUUAGAGAACCGGGAGAUGUAGCCUGGCGUCAUUAUUCUGUUUCGGGAAAACCUUGUCGACGUAGCAGUCCCUGUGAAAAGAAUCUUAUUACGGGUUUCUAUUCGUGCGAGAUAGAGGGUGGUGAAAUUGGCUCGUGGGACUAUUGCUGUAAAGUGGAUCAUCCUUGUGGUUAUUCUCAAGGUUUCGAUUAUCCGUGGUGUUUCGUAGGCGAUGAACCCGAUCAAUGGCGCAAAUGUAGCGACCGUUAUUAUCCCGGCAAUCACACCCUCACCCAUUCUGGACUCAGUGUAAAACCUUUGAAACCCUCAGACAAACGUAAACCUGCAGAUAGUUUUACAUCAGCCUCGAAUUCCGACGAAUACCAAAAACCUCCACGACCAGGAGGUUUACAAAGUUUAAGUGAUUUUACUGCCGCCCGUCUGUGGCCCGUUACUUAUUUGUAUAGUGAAGGACCGCCGAAUUCAACGGAAUUUAGUAAUUUUGUCGAUUGUAAUAAAGAAACAUGCUAGAGCAAAAUUUUUAUAAUUUCUAACUUUUAAUUUUUUUAUAUAAAAAUAGUAUUUUUUUAAAGAAUAAGCUGUAAUAAGUAGUUUGUACUGUUUUUUUUGUGUAGGCUCUAACAGAAUUGUGAUUAAAAAAAGACAAAAUCGAAAAUUUAAACAAAAUAAACAUAAAGAGAUUUUAAUUGGUUUGGUUGCGACAAAAAUAAGAAAUUUAAGGGAUGAAACUAAUUUUCUUAAAAAUUUUUUGUAUUUACUAAUUAAAGCUAACUUUAAAUUAAGUUAAAUAAAAAGAAAAAAAUUAAUAUAAAUAUAUAAUAAAAAU